AUGCGUGCUCAGGAAGACUCGUGUACACUAGACACACACCGGUGUGGAUGGCCUGAGCAGCGGCCCCUUGCCCUCUCCAUCCGGGUCCCUCUCCUCCUCGCCCAGCGGGGCUUCUCCCCUCCCGUCGUCAUGACGAUCCUGCCCAAGAAGAAGCCUUGCCCGGCGGCGGGGGACGGCGACCGGGACCAGCCGGGCUCCCGCGGGGGAGUGGCGGGCGGCCCCGGGGGCCCGGGCGGCGUCGGCGGCCCUGACUCCCGCGGGGGCGGCCCCGGCGGUGGCGGCGGGCUGGGCCUCGGCGGGGCGGCCGGGCCCGGCGGAGGGGGAGGCAACAGCCCCGAGCAAGACGAGGCCGGCGCCGGCUACAACAGCGAGGACGAGUACGAGACGGCGGCCGCCCGCAUCGAGAGCAUGGACCCCGCCACGGUGGAGCAGCAGGAGCACAGGUUCGAGAAGGCACUGAGAGAGAAGAAAGGGUUCAUCAUAAAACAGAUGAAGGAAGACGGGGCCUGCUUGUUCCGGGCUGUGGCUGACCAGGUAUACGGCGACCAAGACAUGCACGAAGUGGUCAGGAAGCACUGUAUGGACUACCUGGUGAAGCCCAUCAACACUUUCCACGGCAUCCAUCAGAACGAGGACGAGCCCAUCCGGGUCAGCUACCACCGCAACAUCCAUUACAACUCCGUGGUGAACCCCAACAAGGCUACCAUUGGCGUGGGCCUGGGCCUGCCCUCCUUCAAGCCGGGGUACGCGGAGCAGUCCUUGAUGAAGAACGCGAUCAAGACGUCGGAGGAGUCGUGGAUCGAGCAGCAGAUGCUGGAAGACAAGAAGCGAGCGACGGACUGGGAGGCCACCAACGAGGCCAUCGAGGAGCAGGUCGCCCGGGAGUCCUACUUGCAGUGGCUGCGGGACCAGGAGAAGCAGGCCAGACAGCCUCGUAAAGCCAGCGCUACCUGCAGCUCCGCCACGGCGGCCGCCGCCAGCGGCAUAGAAGAAUGGAGCGGCCGCUCCCCCCGUCAGCGCAGCUCAGCGUCUUCCCCGGAGCACCCAGACCUGCACAACGAGCUGAAUGCCGCCAAGCCAGCCUCCCCCGGGAGCACCGCCGCUCUAGCACUUACCAAACCCCCCUCGCCCUGCGCCCCCGGUACAAGCAGCCAGCUGUCAGCCGGUGGUGGCCGAGCAACCCCUCCCUUAGUGUCGUUGUAUCCGGCCCUGGAGUGCCGGGCAAUAAUGCAACAGAUGUCCCCCACGGCAUUCGGCCUGAGCGACUGGGACGACGACGAGAUCCUGGCGUCGGUGCUAGCGGUGUCACAACAGGAGUACUUGGAAAGCAUGAAGAAGAGCGCCCUGCAUAGAGACAGUGGUUCCGACAAGAGUUGAUAACUCGCCGGCGCCCCGCCCUGUGCUCGCCUGACACCCCCUUCGGUGCAUGUUUUGGCAGGAAGGAUGGCGAUACCUGGGACCCCUCCCCUCCUCCUCCGCUGCUGCCGACCCACGCUCCUUCAGCUGCUCUGCGCUCCCCCCCACCUUGAACUCUCUGCAUCCAGCCCCCCAACACCACCGGGGAGGGGGGAGGCACAAGAGAAGGACAGGACCUCCGACACGAGGAGCUGGAAUACGCACAGACUGGGGCACACUGCCCCCCCCCCCUUCAUCAGCCCUUCCUUCAUUAUUACGCGCGAUUGAUCCGGUCCUGUGGGGGCCCUCCCCACUUUGGGAGGGGGAGCGGCUCUGGCUCUGGGGAAGCGAACUGAAGUUGGAUUUUGGGGGCGGAGGGGAGCUUUGCCAGCGGGGAGGGCUGCCCCUCCCUUUCCUUCCCCUGGAUUCUGGGGUGCAGUAAAGAGGGGAGUGGGGAGGGGUUGUACUGCUGUUUCCCGCU